AUGAGAGGAAGAGGAAGGAUCAAAACAGAAGUCAGAACUUGGAGACGCCUGCAGAGCGAGUCAUCCUAUUCUGAACAGGUCAGAGAGAUGGGCCCGUGGAGCAGCGCUGUCCUUGUUGCUCUUUUUCUCUGCCAAGUGUUGAUCCGAGAUGCACACGCUGCCCCGACGUUUGAUGCUGGGGGGCUUACGAGCCCUGGGAGACACCUUCUGACGAUAGCGGGGGGCAACACCAGCAAGAACGGCACCCUCAGUGAAUCGUCAUCCAUUCCUGAUGAUUCCCCCAAAUCGGUGCAGUGGUCCUAUCUGGCCGCGGGACUGGGCACAGUCCUGACCCUCUCGCUCCUCGUCGUGAUGGCAGCCAAGUUCCGCGUCUUCCAUCGUUUCCUGGCCAGCUACAGACACUCGCUGCUCCAAGAGGCCGACGGGAUCAGCCAGUACGGUCAGGAGGAGGGGUCGUACCCCUACGUGUCCGGCCGGAUGGGCGUUGUGGGAGGGACGCAGAGGGGCCUGGAUGAGGACGACGACGGUUUCAUUGAAGAUAACUACAUCCAGACCGGUGAGAAAGAGAGGGCGGAGAGAGAAAUCAAGGAGGAAGAGGAGGAGGACAGUGAUGAUGACCUUCAGUUUACUAUAGGAUGA